AUGGCCCCAGCAGUCUACAGGACACUCCUGGUGCUGGCCCUGUAUGGGGCCGGCCCCUCAGGCUUACAGGCGGCGUAUUUCCUCCAGCGAGCUGGACGGGAUUACAUUGUCUUCGAGAGGAGCCACGCUCCUGGUAGCUUCUUCGCCCUCUACCCUCGCCACCGCAAGCUCAUCAGCAUCAACAAGCAGUACACAGGCAAAUCCAAUGGAGAGUUCAACCUCCGCCAUGACUGGAACUCGCUCCUCAGCCACGACCACCGGCUGCUUUUCCGACGCUACUCCCGUGACUUCUUCCCUGAUGCUGACACGAUGGUGCGUUACUUGGAGGACUUUGCUUCCCUGCUGAAGCUGCAGGUUCAGUACAACACAGCCAUUGUCCAUGUAACACUGGAGAGGGACGAUCAGGCUUGGAAUGGCCACUACUUCCCGGCGACUGACCCGGACCGAAAAUGCUAUCCCUGUUUUUGCAGCUCUUUGUUGGUCGCCACUGGAACCUGGGUCCCCAACGUGGUCAACUUUCCUGGCUCAGAAUACGUAGAAGGUUAUGAGACUGUGUCCGUCAACCCAGAGGAUUUUGCUGGCCAAACCGUGUUGAUUUUGGGCCGAGGGAACUCAGCCUUUGAGACGGCAGAGAACAUUCUGGGUGUCACGAAUUUCAUCCACAUGGUGAGCCGGUCCCGCGUGCGACUCUCGUGGGCCACCCACUACGUCGGGGAUCUGAGAGCAAUUAACAAUGGCCUGCUGGACACCUACCAGCUGAAAUCGCUGGAUGGGCUUCUGGAGGGUGACCUGGAAGAUCUGGCUAUCAUCAAGGACAAGAAAGGGAAGCUGCACAUCACACUCCGGUUCUACCUGGAGAGCAGGAACACCAGUGCAGGCAUUGACGCCAUCACCCUGCCACAGGACGAACUGGAUAAUUUUGCCACCCGAGCACCUUACGACCGUAUCAUCCGCUGCCUGGGCUGGAAGUUUGACUUCUCUAUCUACAACAGAUCCCUUAGAAUGAUGCCAGGAAAAGGGAAUAAAAAGAAGUAUCCUCAGAUCAAACCUAGUUACGAGUCCAGAGGCACUCGGGGGCUUUUUGUUCUCGGCACUGCUAGCCACUCUGUUGACUUCAGGAAAUCUGCUGGGGGCUUUAUCCAUGGAUUCCGGUAUACAACUCGUGCAGUCCACCGCCUAUUGGAAAACCGUCACCAUGGUGUCCCCUGGCCAUGCACAGUCUACCCUAUUACACAGCUGACCAAUUCCAUCAUCAAGCGGGUGAAUGAGGCCUCGGGCCUCUACCAGAUGUUCAGUGUCCUGGCUGACAUCAUACUGCUGAGAGAGAAUGCCACAGCAUUUGAAUACCUAGAAGAGUACCCAGUUGGUGUCCUGGCUGAGCUGGAAAUGCAGACAGGGAGAAAGGCUCCCAAUGGGCUGUUUGUCGUCAUCAUGGAGUAUGGGAGGAAUUUCUCUGGGGCUGACAAGGAUGUCUUCUACUACAACCGGGCCGUGGGAGAGGCACAGCAUGCCUGGCAGUCCAACUUUUUGCACCCUGUUAUUUACUAUUACAAACGCCUCCCAACAGAGCGUGAGAUGAGACUUCGGCCCCCAGAUUGGCCUCUCCCCUGCCCAGAUGCUGUCCAUCACAUUGUGGAGGACUUUCUGACAGACUGGACAGCCCCGAAUGCGCACAUCCUGCCGCUGAGGCGUUUUUUGGAGAACUGCCUCAGCACUGACCUACGCAACUUCUUUGCAGAGUCCUGUUUCCUGUUUGCCUUCACCCGUCAGAAGCUGCCUCCCUCCUGUCGGCAGGGGUAUGUGGGGAUGCAAGGGCUCGUGGGGAGCGAGGGGCUCCGGCGCCACGCGGUAGAAGCCGGCCUGCUGGAGGAUUACACUCUUACAGACGUUUCAGGAGACAGACCCCCCGAGAGCCACGAAGAGUCACAGGAUGAGCUGCUGAGAGAUCAUGCGAUACCGGUUCAUCCGCUGCAGCAUCUUGUUAAUGCCAAGGAUGAACUUUAA